AAAAGUUCCCAUGUUAUGCUUAUAUCAGCUUGUCGUGGUUCAUGUUAUCCAACCAAACACUUUGCAGCUGCUGACACACUGUGGUGCCAGUGAUUACAGUAACGUUACACUGUAACCGCCGCUGUAACGCAUGAAUAAGAUGAGAUUACCACGACGGAUCCUCACACUCCACACAGCACCUUUAAGGAGAGCAUCCUCAGCCCCUGCAGGCAUGGUGAACUUUGUCCCCGCCUGCAGCACCACUGAUGCUCACUCCCUGGAGCUGCUGCAGGACUUUGUGUCCCGAGCCCGGCGCCUGUUUGUCAUCAGUGGAGCAGGACUCUCCACUGAGUCAGGGAUCCCUGAUUACCGCUCAGAGGGUGUCGGGCUGUACGCUCGCACCGACAGACGACCCAUGCAGCAUGCAGAGUUCAUCCGCAGUGCAAAGUCUCGUCAACGCUACUGGGCCAGAAACUUUGUCGGGUGGCCGCAGUUCUCCUCCCGUCAGCCAAACUCUGCACACAAGGCCCUGCAGCGGUGGGAGGCGAGAGGCAAACUGCACUGGCUGGUGACACAAAACGUGGACGCUCUUCAUUCAAAGGCAGGGCAGAAGAGACUGACUGAGCUACACGGCUGUUCCCACAGGGUGAUGUGUCUCGGCUGUGGUGCCAUCUCAGCGAGGAAGAAGCUCCAGGAACGAUUCAUAGCACUAAACCCAGACUGGAGUGUGCAGACAGGCGCUGUGGCUCCAGACGGCGAUGUCUUCAUCGAGGACGAGCAGGUCCUCCAUUUCAGAGUCCCCUCCUGCGAGGGCUGUGGAGGAAUACUGAAGCCUGAGGUCACGUUUUUUGGAGACACCGUGAACAGAGCGACUGUACAGUUUGUGCACGACAGGCUGGCGGAGUCGGAUGCGGUGCUAGUGGCGGGGUCAUCAUUACAGGUAUAUUCAGGAUACAGGUUUUUACUGGCUGCAGGGGAACGGAAAAUGUCAGUGGCCAUCCUGAACAUUGGACCUACAAGGGCAGACCACCUGGCUGAGCUGAAAGUGAGCGGCCGCUGUGGGGAAGUGCUGUCAGUUAUUCAACCUCUCUGACCGACAUGCGGUUUGAUUAUUCUACAUUUAAGAAAUAUUUCACCACCCACAUGAUCCUUAGUAUAUCAGUUACACACCUCAUGUUACUUUGAAUUCCUGAAUAAAACUUUGUUUCUCUUACAUGCCUCCACAGUGAACGAAGAAUCUAAACAAAGGCGAGUCAUAACAUCUGUUUACAAACUCUCACACAACUCAUGCGGUUUAUUUCAAGUCUCAUUAUCCAGUCGUAUGUUCAUUAGGUCCCAAACACAUGUAUUUUCACUACAACUUUAUUAUUUAGAACUAAACUAAAAGUGAAACUUAUCGAUGCUCUCUUCAAAGCCAGACUCCAUUGGCAAAAACAGUAAUUUUACCUCACUGAACACAGGAGCUGCUCGUCUACUGCUGCCUCUCUCAGUUAGUUUACAUUUACAGAUCUAAACUUAUGGCCGUACCUUGGCUAUAUUAACUGUGUUCUGGUCGGGGUGAAAAGCCUCCGAAGCAGCAUUUUACAUGAAGUACGAUACUAAUUUCACUUGCUCCGAAAAGCUGCACCUCUUAGCCUUCACAACUGCUUCAGUAUUAGGUGUGCGAAGUCAUCUAGUGGAUCGGAUUGGACCCUUUGGAGGGCCGGUUCUGGCCCUUGGGCUGUAUGUUUGACACCCCUGCUUUAAAGGGUGAGAACGCAUCCAAAGUCACACAAUAACACUAACUGAUAGAGGCAGCAGUAGGUCAGGAACUCCUGUGUUCAGUGAGGUAAAAUAACUGUUUUUGUCAAUGGAGUCUGGCUUUGAAGAGAACAUAAGUUUUACUUUCAGUUCAGACCCCAUCUGAACGCAGCAUAUGACUCAUCAAGAAAGGUCUAUUCAUCAAAAAUGUUAUAAUUUUUUUCUGGAUUCUUUGUUCAACAUGGAGGCACGCGGAUUUAAAAAAACAAAACAUUUUCUUCAAAAAUUCAAGAUAACACAGUGUGAGCAAUUGAUAUACAAAUCAUCAUUUGGAAGCUAUGAAAACUACCUCAGACUCAAACAGGUGAACAACAUAAUGAACUGAACUGUCAGCUAUUUUUACAGUAGCCUAAAAGAAUCCAGGAGAAUUCGCUGCUAUUAUCAAAGUAGGGCAAACACUGACAUAUCUUCUCUCAUGUACUUUAUGCAGAAUAAUGUUUUUAAAAAGUGUGCCAGUCAGUUUCAGCUUCUCUGCACACAACAGAUUGGUAUCACGGGAUCAGUAUCUUGGUCCAACAAACAGAGACACAUGGACUCUGCCUGGAGAAACAGAAAGACUCAAGCUGUACUGUAUUUGGUGUUGCCGCUGUUGGUUUUGGCAUCACCGAAGUCGAUGAUACAGCAUGUGUGGUUCAGUGUCUGAGGGCCCUGAGUUGGAAGCUGGAGGCUGUGAAAUGAGAGGUGGAGGAGGGAGACACAUGGUUCAUCUCCUCGGGCUCUGUUGUACUGUUGAGUACUUAAACUGCUUUUAUUUAAAUAAACUGAGCUACGAGUGACACUGUAUUGUAGAUGUUUGUGCAAGCUGUUAGUGCACGAAGGUACAAAUCAUGAAGCAAGCUAUCAGGCAAUAAGCUGGUUUUUAUAGGGUGUGAUUUGUGUUAUCCUGACAUGGAUUAGUCUCAUGUUCUUAUAUAAUGCUGCUGACACAGAUAGGUGCUCACUUAAAAUGCUAACAGUGAAUACAUGGACCUUUACUCAAUGUGUCUAACAAUAAAAGUACAAGGCUUGAGACUACAAACUGUUUUCAGCAACCUGUCAGGCAAUCGAUCAUAUUUCACCUUAAACUGAUACAAAUGUUUGUAUUUUAAAUGUCAUGACAAAAAUGUGUUCUUUCCUGUUUUACUUUAUUUAAAUAAAGAAUUUUAAAGCCUUGCACCAUUUAACCAAA